AUGUUUGAUUUUACUACACAGAUCAACAUAGGCUACUUCAGAGCACAUACGUACAUCUAUGGAUAUCUUCCUGAAUUCCUAAGAACUUUUCAAGGCGAGUUGCUAAAUCCUUGUCGCUGUGAUGGCUCUGUAAGAUAUACACAUCAACUCUGCCUACUGAAGUGGAUCAGUGAAAGAGGCUCGUGGACUUGUGAACUCUGCUGUUACAGAUACCAUGUUAUAGCAAUUAAAAUGAAAAGGCCUUGCCAGUGGCAGAGCAUUACUGUAACUCUGGUUGAGAAGGUGCAGAUGAUUGCUGUAAUUUUGGGGUCGUUAUUCUUAGUGGCAAGUGUAACUUGGCUUCUGUGGUCAGCCUUCAGUCCCUAUGCUGUAUGGCAAAGAAAAGAUCUCCUUUUUCAAAUCUGCUAUGCAAUGUAUGGUUUUAUGGAUCUAGUGUGCAUAGGACUUAUUGUACAUGAAGGUGCAUCAGUUUGCAGAGUAUUUAAGCGUUGGAGAGCUGUCAAUUUGCACUGGGAUGUACAAAAUUAUGACAAAGCCACAGACAUAGAAGAGAGCACUCGAGGAGAAUCCUCCACAGCGAGGACUUUGUGGCUACCACUAAAUGCAUUGAGAAACAGGAAUUUAGUUCAUUCAACACAGUUAACUUCACCAAGAUUUCAAUGUGGCUAUGUUUUAUUACAACUCUUCACUCGAAUGAGACCUCCGGAGGAUUCAUCAGAUGACAACAGUUCUGGAGAGGUUGUUAUGAGAGUGACUUCAGUAUAA